UAAUUUGAAACUUGUGGUUUAUCGAAACUGCACGACGUAGAACUGAUCAGAGCUACAGUAUUUGCAGACGGGCAACAACUUUUGCUUUUCGAGACCUCAGUCCCCCGGGUUGUAAAAAGCCUGUUGCACUCUUCGACGACCGAAAAAAAUCAAUCUGCAGGCUUCUCUUCCAGCAUCAGAUAUUCGAAGAUAAAGCGUAACUUUUGUCGAUUUCAAGGUGUUGAGCUUCUUCGAGAAAAACAAGCGAAAAGGAAGCAGACAAAACCAGGUGAAUGGACCGCUCCUCGUGAACUCGGCGACGCCAUCGGUUCUGCAAUCAGCUUCCAACGUCCGUCGACUCAUCUCCGAGUCGUGUACACCAUUAUAACACUGAAAUCAUCAAGAGCCAGAGCUGAACAUGUUUUCGGAAGUGAACAGUGAUUUUCUUGAACAAAAAAUACAAGAAGACAUUGAAAAGAGCUUCGAAGCUCGAAUAGCGCGAACGAAACUAUCGAGAAAAGGCGAUGCCGGUAACGAUAUAAUUCUGAAUAAAAAUUCCUGUGUGAGCCCGACGUACGCAGAAGCAUUCAGAAGAUCGAUUGAGUGUCCUGAGGAGUUUUGGGCCGAAGUGGCUCGUUGCGUCGACUGGAGCAAACCUUGGGACAAAGUUUUGGAUAACUCGAACGAGCCUUUCACAAAAUGGUACGUCGGUGGGGAGAUAAAUGCUUGUCACAACGCGGUAGAUCGUCACGUGAAUGCCGGAUACGGUAAGAAGACGGCACUCAUUCACGACAGCCCAUUGAUUCCGACAAUUCGAAAAGUCACAUACGACGAGUUGCUGGAAAAAACAUCGAGACUGGCGGGUGUACUGGCUGACAUGGGGGUCCGUAAGGGUGACAGAGUGCUCAUCUACAUGCCGUUGAUCCCGGAAACGAUAAUGGCGAUAUUGGCGACAGCCAGACUCGGAGCUAUCCACUCGGUGGUGUUUGGAGGCUUUGCACCAAGAGAAUUGGCCGUGAGGAUCGAUCAUGCCGAGCCCAAAGUCAUCAUCGGAGCCAGUUGCGGACUCGAGCCAUCUAGAAUAAUAAAGUACACAACGAUGAUAAACGAAGCCAUGGAAUUGAUCAGCGUUCCCAGACCAAAGUGCAUUAUCUACCAGAGACGAAAGGUGUGGGAGUCUCCGCUGUUGGAUCAUCAAGAGGACUGGGAGGAAUUGAUUGAGAACUCGAAUCCCCAUCCCUGCGUAUCCGUCGAGGCGAAUGAUCCCCUUUACAUUCUUUACACAUCCGGAACAACGGCCACGCCCAAAGGCGUUCUCAGACCCGUUGGUGGUCACAUCGCUACUUUGUGCUGGACCAUGAAGGUCCUUUAUGGCAUGGACAAGAAUAACGUCUUCUGGACUGCCUCGGACCUCGGUUGGGUUGUCGGCCAUUCCUACAUCUGCUAUGGACCAUUGUUGUACGGCGGUACGAGUCUAAUGUACGAAGGAAAACCCGACAGAACACCUGAUGCUGCACAAUAUUUCAGAUUAAUAGAGCAGCACAGCGUCAAUGCACUUUUGACUGUACCAUCGGUCCUCCGAGUCCUGCGAAGAGCCGAUCCAGAGGCCCUUAUGAGCAAAAAAUACUCAACAAAGUCGCUAAAAGUGAUAUUCACGGCUGGUGAGCACUGUGAUUACGAGGCUAAAGCUUGGGCGGAAAACGUCUUCAAAGUACCCAUUCUCAAUCAUUGGUGGCAAACGGAAACCGGACACGCAAUAACAGCCACGUGCCUUGGCUUCGGAGAAAGUACUUGUCCACCGAAAUACACCACCGGAAUGGCAUUCCCCGGCUACGACGUGAAAAUCAUGAGGGAAGAUGGGAGCCUCGCGUCGACUCACGAACUCGGCAGGAUCGUUGUCAAGCUGCCACUUCCUCCCGGAACAAUGUCGUCACUCUACCUCGCACCGGAAAGAUUCAAGGAUAUUUAUUUUUCCAAAUUUCCCGGAUAUUACGAUACGAUGGACGCGGGCUUCGUUGACGAGCACGGUUACAUUUACGUAACGGCGAGGGUCGACGAUGUCAUCAACGUCGCCGGUCACAGAUUGUCAACUGCUGCCCUCGAGGACGUCGUUCUCGGUCAUCCGGACGUCGCGGACACCGCAGUGGUCGGUGUCCCCGAGCAUACGAAGGGUGAAAUUCCUUUGUGUCUCUACGUGAUGAGAAACGGUACGACGAAGAGCGAAAAAACUAUUAACGAAGAAUUAAUUUACCGGGUGAGACAACUCAUCGGACCAAUCGCUUCCUUCAAAAUCGCAGCCGCUGUCAGCGCGUUGCCGAGAACGCGGUCGGGCAAAACCUGCCGGAAAUCAAUCGCGGAUCUGGCCCGAUCGAGGCCCGUGAAGAUCCCGAGCACGAUCGAGGAUGCGAGUGUUUACCCGAACAUCAAGGCCGUACUGCAGAAACUCGGUUACGCGAAAAUGGCCCCGGACCCGGAAUUAUGAGAGGGAAUUCGAAGCAAAUUAAAUCACACCGGAUUUUAGGAGCCUGUCAUAGUUGCCUAGUUUCGUAGAACCAUUGAGCUAAAUUGUAGAUAAACAUUCGACGCGUUCGAGAUAAUUGAGCGGUAGUUGCCCAAUUGAAAGUCCAAAAGUUCGAAAAAAAACCGUCGGCGAGCAACGUUUGAAGGUAAACACUGCACUUGACACUGUCAGGGGAAACGAUCUGGUGCUAAAUUUUCAUAAAACACUUGUGCAAAGCUCAAUGCACUGCUCAAUGACAACGAAGGUCAAUCUGUAUUAUGGCGUGUGUUGUGAACCCAAAAAAAACAGAGAUGUAGCCAUGAAUUUGCGGAAAGCGUCAGCUGACGAGCGGACGUUUCCAUGAUGUUGUGAAAUUUUCGUCAUUAAAAUCUUCACCGAACGUGACUCUGCGUUCGUCGUUCUUCUACAGUUACGAAAAACACGAAAGUUUAGCCAAUAUUGUGGAUAAUUUGAGCCCGUGAUCACAUACGAUGAACAUUCGGUGCUAGAAACAAGGUUAAACCCGUUAUUUCGAGCACUUUACGGGAUUUAACAUCGAAAUAAUAGUUCGUAGUGGUCUAGGGUUAACUCAAGUGUUACUUUUAUCGAUAUUCGUAUAAUGUAUAAAUAUUUAAACGAAUUUAUAAGUGUAUUUCCUUUGUUUCGUCGCUCAUUGAUUGUACAAUCAAUUUUGCGAUACUUUUGUUGUUAUUGCAAAAAUAAUUUGCAAGAACUGCACCGUGUAUUCGAAUAAAUUGAUUCCAGUGCUUCGUUAACACA